AUGGCGUCACUCGAAAUCAUCAAGUAUCAGGGGCUUUUGGAGGGGGAGCGAGAGGAAAUUGACCGUCUUGUCAACGCCUGCCGAACAAUGGGGAUAUUCUACCUGGAUAUGACAGCAUCCGACCCGUUCACCGAUCUCCAGAAAGUAUACGAUGCUUCAGCACGAUACUUUAACCAGACAGCAGAAGCCAAGCAAGCAGACUUUGUCCCAGGCUUGGAGCGAGGAUUCAAGCAAUACACUGGUAGUAGCACAUUCGAAAUCCCCAAAGAUGAGAGAGAUGGCGUGCCUGUGCAGUUGCCAUCCACCCUACGGGAUGUCAGUGUUUCACUGUCCAGGCUCUCGUCAGCGUGCGAUGCGGCUUGUCGCCUUAUGCUCUCGCAGCUGGGAGAUUCCUUGGGCCAGCGUUUCCCGGAAUGUGCUCCUGAAUGCAAACCGACAUCCAAGCCUGAGCAGACGGGCCUGAAGUUGUGCCACAAGGAGCCGAGUGAGACGGAGACCCAGACGAACGGCAAAGCUCACACAGAUUCCGGUCUGCUGACGUUGCUGUUCUAUGACCAGCCAACGCUUCAGAUUUCGGCCGAGACCAAGGAGGGAGGAGGGGAUUGGUUGACGGUUGAGCCCCGUGCUGGAAGUGCCGUGGUCAAUGUGGCGGAUGAAUUGCAGAACAGGACUGACGGCGAACUGCAUUCUCCGUUGCAUCGAGUUAUUCAACCGGCGGGGGUUUGCAAGGAGCGCCUGUCGGCCGUGUAUUUCCUCCGACCGGAGAAGUGA